UUUGUCUCUCUCUCUCUUUCUCUGUACAUAUCAUAUGUAGGUAUACAUACACGUGUGGUUUGUUUGUGUUCUCAUGUUUCGAGUGAAAAUUGGAUCGAAAUUUUGGUAGAUCUGCUAGAAAUGACAUAAUCCAGAAAUCUUCGAACACUGAAACACGAUUUCGGCUUUUGGGUUUUUUUUUUUUUUUUUAUAAAAAAACAAAAUCACAGAGCAUUCAGCGUCAUUUCUUGAAUUAUUCAAUUUACAAUCGAAUUUUGAUUUUUUGAUUUUUAAUUUUUUUUAUUAAGAUCUUAUUGUUGAUCUUUUCAUCUGGCUUGUGCAAAUUAUGAUUUUCGGCAUAUUAAAUUGGUAGGAGAUGGAAAUUGAAUAAGAAUUUUCAAAAGCUUCACGCAAUUAUUGUAUCUCUAUCUGUGAUGUAUGCCAUUUUUUUUUUUUCCCUUCUUUUUGGGUUGUUUAAAUUCUCUGAUUCAAUUUGGUUUUUUUAGCUGUUACUUAGAGGUUUAAUUUUGCCACACAAAGACAGUUCUUGAGUCCAAACCAUAAUAUUCUAAUUAAUAUUACAAUCAUACAAUUUUUAUGCCUAUAUUUUUAUCAUUUUGCGUGUGAUUUGAUAAUUAUGCAAAUUAGAGUUGAUAUAUUUUUUGCGUUUCAUGAUUUGCAUCGCCACCCUAAAAGCUUUGGAUUGACACUGCACUCCCUUCUAACUGUUGGUUUCUGUCAAACCUCACAUUCUUGUCAGAUCACAAUGUUCCUUGCUAUGUCUUAUGUCAUAGAAAAAAUGAUCAUAGCUUACUCGGCUUGAGUGCCUUCCUAGUCACAAUCAGUGUGUUAAUUAAUCUUUUAAAUGCCUUCACCUGUUGCUGUCAAUAACUCUUCUUUUGCUUUUUUCCCCUUACUUGGUUAGAAUGUCCCAUUUACCAUUGUCUGCAGUAUGCAUCUUAUCUGCUACUAGAAAAUAGCAAUUGGGCUGCAUGAAGUGCUAUAUUAUUAGGUAAAUUAAUUGAGUUUUGGUGUAUAUAAUGCACCGCUCUUAGGACUAUAAAGUCAACAAAGCUAUGAUCUAUCUUUUCUGUAUCAACUAUUUAUGCUUGAGUUCAUUUAAGUGAAAAAUUGUGAUCAAAGUAUAGAAAUUUUUUGGGAACUCCUCUUCAUAUUAUGGAAAACGAAGUAAAUUAUAAGAUAGGAAGAAGAUAUAGUUGAGUUAGUUACAACCGUACAACUAAAAUUUUUCUGUCAUCAGGGAAGUGAAAAAUUGGGCCAUAAAUUUCUAAUUGCAUGUAGUGACUUGCACUUUGUCUUGGUUACAGGUGACCCCCUUUUUUUUUUUUUUUUUUUUUUGUCCCUGAAAUCCAUUUGCCUGACUUUGACUAGAUGUAUGAGAUAGUGAGCUGUAAUAUUCUAUAGAUUGAUCCAGUUUGGUCAGAAGGAUGUGAAGUUAAUCAUCUUGAGGCUUCAAAGAGCGAACUGAAACGGUUAAAGAUGAAAUAUAAUCUUGAACUCUUAACUAAGAAACAUACAGUUCUCUUUCUAGUCCAAAGCCCAGUAAUGCUCUUACUCCUUGUGGCUCCUUGGAGUCUUACCAGAACUUAGGAAGCUGGGGUCGAUGGGUCAGGAUCCUUCCUUUACUGGUUGCACUUGGAGAACACAGAGUUUAGUGUGUGUAUCAUUCGCGUAUGGCUAUCUUAUGUCAAAUUCAAGCGCUUGUCUUAUGCAAUUAUUGUAUCAGACAAGAUAGGAAUGGCCCAGUGGUCAAAAAUAAAUCUUUGGAGUUCCUUCCAUUAGUCAUGGUGAUCUUGGUCCCUUUGGUUGAUUGUUUUAACCCGAAAGGCUUCAAUACUAAUCCUUCAUAAGGAUUAUUAUCAUAAUUCACUACUGGUCAGAAGAUUCUACUUUUCAAGUUUCUGAGAUGAUUCCGCGUUCCUUUUCACUUUUUGUAGGUAUUAUAAUGCACUGGAGAUAUUGGGGCAAUUUUUUGAAACCUGGGUGAUAUGGAAGACUGUGACUUCGCUGUGAGAAGAUGGAAUGACCUGGAUAUUGACAUAUUAGUGAAGAUUUUUCAAUCUUUUUCAAUCUUUGAGUUGACUUCAGGAAUUGCUCAUGUUUGUAGCGCAUGGCGUAUGGCCUGCUGUGAUCCCCUACUUUGGAAAACACUUGACUUAUCAAUUUUGAAAUCGAAUUUCAUCAAAAUCCCGUUGGAGCCCUAUGUUUAUGUUGAUGGUCGGUCUGAUAAGGAAUUGACUCGUGUGUUGAAGCUUUCCUUGAGUCUCAGCCGAAGAAACAUUCUGACAUUGAUUUUCCAUGUUAACUUGUAUGUGAGUGAUGAUCAGUUGACCUAUACUGCCGAAAGGUGCCCAGAGCUCAAACGGCUUGUUCUGCCAGCUUGGAACAGAAUAAAAAAGAGUGGAAUAUGCAAGGCCAUUCAAACCUGGAAAAACCUCGAGUCCUUGACAAUGCCUAGCAUAGCAAAUCCGCCAUACCUCAUGGAGGAGAUUUCCAAGAACUGUAAAAAUUUCAGUGAACUCAAAAUCAUGGGUCCUUGUGAAAUUUUAUGUGCUUCUAGUAUAGUUACAUAUCUUCCAAAAUUGAAGGUUUUAAGCCUCCGGUGCUCGAUGCUCCUUAAGGAUGUUCUGAUUAUUCUAUUGGAUGGCUUGCAACACCUGGAAGUUCUUAACAUAUCACAUUGCCUUCUAUAUGAAGUCUCUCCACCCCCAGCAGCUAAAAGACUUGUUAGAGAACUUGACCAUUUUAUUCUCGAGAGGGCGUCUCGGUUACGUAAGUUUAUAACAUGCAUGAAAGACACUUGCAUAAUGUGCCAGAGAACAAAAAAUGACGAAGGGCUUAUGAGGUGGUACAAAUAUGAAGAAGGACUUUGGAAAGCUGAUGAGGUACAAGGAGAACUCGGAGAUGAGGAACAAAACAACAAAAAUACCUCCUUGCUUUAUGCUUGCACUCAAAAGCAUAAAUGCUUUGUUACAACCUCGAUGCACAAAAUUUAGGCCGUGCUUGCCAUU